CUGGAUUUUUUUUAAGUCAGCUAAAUUCUACGUACGAAGUCCUUAGCCUGUGGUGUCAUUGCUGAAUGACCGAAGAUGUCUCAUAGCAGGUUGUUUGCCAGGCUGCUUUUGCAGCAGAGUGGAGUCAGACACUGUUAUACAGGAAGCAGAAAGAACCUCUACAUCAACAAGAACACGAAGGUCAUCUGCCAAGGUUUCACAGGAAAGCAGGGAACAUUUCACAGUCAGCAGGCUCUCGACUAUGGCUCGCAGCUUGUUGGAGGAGUUUCUCCUGGGAAAGGCGGGAAGACGCACCUCGGCUUGCCUGUCUUCAACUCGGUCAAGGAGGCAAAGGAGGGUACAGGAGCCGAGGCAACUGUGAUUUAUGUACCUCCGCCGUUUGCGGCCGCCGCCAUCAUCGAGGCAAUAGACGCAGAGAUACCCCUGGUGGUGUGCAUCACCGAGGGAAUCCCCCAGCAGGACAUGGUGAAAGUCAAACAUAAGCUCUUGCGUCAGAGCGCCACCCGCCUCGUAGGCCCCAACUGCCCAGGAGUCAUCAAUCCUGGAGAAUGCAAGAUUGGAAUUAUGCCUGGACACAUUCACAAAAAAGGAAGAAUUGGCAUCGUUUCCAGAUCAGGUACUUUGACGUACGAAGCCGUGCAUCAGACUACACAAGUGGGCCUGGGCCAGUCUCUCUGUGUGGGUAUUGGUGGUGAUCCAUUUAAUGGCACAAACUUCAUAGACUGUCUGGAAGUGUUCCUGCAAGAUCCCAAAACAGAGGGCAUUAUCCUCAUCGGAGAGAUCGGAGGAAAUGCUGAGGAGAAUGCUGCCGAGUACCUGAAGCAGCACAAUACUGGAGAUAACGCCAAGCCUGUGGUGUCGUUCAUCGCCGGGCUGACGGCUCCUCCAGGCCGCAGGAUGGGCCACGCUGGUGCCAUCAUCGCUGGUGGGAAGGGCGGAGCCAAAGAGAAGAUCGCAGCUCUCCAGUCUGCUGGAGUUGUGGUCAGCAUGUCCCCUGCUCAGCUGGGGAGCACAAUGUUCAAGGUGAUGAACUCUGUGAGAGGAGUUUGAGAAGAGAAAACUGUUGUAAAUUGCGCUCCAAGACACCCGACUUUUAACCCAUCCACCUCGCAAACGAGACGAUUCUGGAGCUGGACAUGCCCUGCAGUAUCUGUGAACCCCGACUAUCUCAUCGUUGAUAACGCACAUUGCGGUGUUUCUGUUGUAAUUUCUGCCAUAAACUUGUACCUUGCACAUAAUGAAAGAAAUAAAACAUUAGUGUCUUAGUGGUGUUCGAAACAUCUCUGUUAUAAGCCGUGCAGGAGUUUUUCAAUCAAUGUUUUCUUCCACACAGUGCUACCAGCUAAAAGGGAGAUGCCACAGUUUCAUUUUGUAACAUUGUAAGAUGUAUUUCAUCAUCAAUAUUACUGGCUGUCCACUUGAAAAAGAAAAAAAAAAGUUCUCAUUA